AUGAAAAUUUGCUACGAAGAGUUUCCUUUCAUCGACAGCAAGGAUCGCAGCCGAAGCAAAUUGUACAAGCAGGUGGAGGCGUACGUGGGACAACGUUGUUGGGAGAUGGCCGAGAAGCUAAAAGUGAAACCAGGAAAAGGAAAGACUGAGAUGAAGUUCAGCAUGGACAUUUCGAGGAAGUCUUACCAGCUUACCUUUAAUCGUCGCCAUCGCGAUGUCGUAUUGAAUGCUUACCUUAAGCAUGUGAGCGAGGAAGGGAAGAAGAUCCUGAAACAGAGCAAAUUCCAGAAGAUUCAUAGCAACGAAGACGAUGGUUGGGAAGGCCAGACAUGGAAAUACUUUGAUUUCGAGCAUUCGGCUAGUUUCCGUACUUUAGCCAUGGAACCAACCUUAAAACAGAGAAUCAUCAAUGAUUUGGAAACCUUUAGAAAGGGGAAAUCUAGCCUGAUUGCUGCCAUGGCUAAUCAUCUGCAAUAUGACAUUUACAGUCUCGAGCUGACAACGAUCAGGGAUAAUAUCGAAUUGAACAACUUGUUACUGGAUACCACCAAGAAAGCCAUCAUAGUCAUUGAAGACAUUGAUUGCACCCUCGAUGUUACUCUGACUGCAGCCAACAGGACAAAGAAAAAAAAGGGAUCCAAGGAAGAUGAUUCUAACAAGUCCAAACUGACUCUGUCUGGUCUUUUGAAUUCAAUUGAUGGGCUUUCCUCAGGAUGUGUUCAGGAGAGGAUCUUUGUGUUCACUACUAAUCACAUUGAGAAACUCGACCCGGCUCUCAUCCGAAGGGGACGGAUGGAUAUGCAUAUUGUGAUGUCUUACUGCAGGUUUGAAGCAUUCAAACUGCUUGCAAAGAACUACCUCAACAUUGAUCACCAUCCCCUGUUUGAGAGGAUCGGCGUCUUAUUGGAGGAAGUCGAUAUGACCCCGGGCGACAUCGCUGAAAAAUUUGAUGCCCAAACGCCCUGGCGUCAAAGAAGUUUAGUCACAGCUUUGGAAGAUGCCAAAGAAGCUGCAACUCUGAAGGCUCAAGAACAGAAAGAGCAAGCUGCUGAAAAGAGUGUUGCUGAUGGUGAUCAUGAUGAUAACGAACCAUGUUAG